AUGUGUUCUUUUUUUGCAGAUGCAAGAAGUGAAAUUGCUGAAAGGUAGGCAAAGAACUGCCCAAUGCCGGCUCACUACACCAUUUUUCGGAUGUUUAUCGCCAUGUCAUUUUUAAGAAAGAUUUUUUCACUCAGAUUUGUCUUAUAGUUUCACCAUACUCCUGAAGAACAUCUAUUGUCAAGAAAUUUCAUGCUCUAAAAUGCUGCAUUUUGAAUUCAGGAUUCAGCUUGAAAAUCAGAGCAGCUCUUUGAAUCCAGCACAGAAAGCAGUGGCCACUCGACGCAGUGGGAUGUCAGAUGAAAACGGAGAUCAUGGAAGACUUGAAGUCCAAACAAGACAACAGCCAAGCGGAACGAAUUGCGAAUACACCAUGUUGAGUCAGAGUACAAUGGUAUGUCCAGCUAGUUAUGCCAAGAAUUCAAAACUUAAACGGCAACACACAAAGACGAGGAAGCUUCUAGGGCCAUUGUUAUAUCUUUUCCUAAUAGAUGAUAUAUUCUUCAAUAAUUUAAUUGUUAUGGCAGUUAACGCUGUUCAAACCAAGCUUUUUCCUCUUACUUCCUGUCGCCGGGAAAAGAAGGAGGAGGGAGUUGAGGGGGGUGGGGGCUUCGGAGGGCCCCAUUUUAUACUUUGAGACUUUUCUUAUGACUUAUGAUACGGUCACCAAAAUUACACAGGAUCAUGUGCUCAACAUUUCUAAUCAAGAUAUACUUUGAUUGACGCAAUGACGUAUUGCACAUGAUGUCAUCAUCACGUCAUAGCAUUCAACUUAAAUUUUGUGGGGAGUUAAGGGUGGGGAGCGCGAAAAAAACUCCUCCGGUCUGAAUUGGAUUUAGUAAAUUAUUCAUUGUACUAUACUAACUGGUGGGUAGUGUGGUGAGUUCCGGAGAGUCUCUCUGGCAACAGUAUGACUAUUAGUUCUUUAACUGCUUUAAUUUGUUAUUGCUUCAUCCGGUAAUUAUUACUUCGUUUAGUUUCCUUUGCUAACUUAUUCUUUCCUCCAUUAAUUUUACAGACACAAAGUGAAAGAGUCUACGCGUCACUU